CGCGCCCGGCGCUUUCCCCGGAGCUCGGCGGAGCGUGCGAGCGCCCUUUUGCAGCAGCCGCGGCUGCCCGAGGGGGCGGAGAGGAGGGGGCCGGGGGCCGGGGGCCGGGCAGCCGUGGGGGGCGGCGUCCCCUCUCAAAAUCGCCUGCAAAGUGCUCGGGGCUGCAGAAGCAGGCCGCCGGUUCCGUGGAGCAAACCGCUCGCCCCGCGGUUGCUGGUGGGUGCCGGUGCCCUCGGCGCGGGGCUCGGGCUCACCAUGCCCCUGCGGGGCUGGGCCGCCGGACACGAGCAGAUUCUUGGCUUGCCCCCGCCUCGACGCGCUCGGAUUAGCUGCAGCGGGCACCCGAGGAUUUGAAUCCGGACCCGGGGAGAGAGCACGCCUAGGCCGACCUCGGAGUGGCGGCCCCGAGGCCAACAUGCUUCGCAAAGGGUGCUGUGCGGACCUGCUGCUGCUGCUGCUGCUGGCCGGGGAGCUGCCCCUGGGCGGCAGCUGCCCACGGGACUGCGUGUGCUACCCGGCCCCCAUGACGGUGAGCUGCCAGGCGCACAACUUCGCAGCCAUCCCCGAGGGCAUCCCGGAGGACAGCGAGCGCAUCUUCCUGCAGAACAACCGCAUCACCUUCCUGCAGCAGGGCCACUUCAGCCCUGCCAUGGUCACGCUGUGGAUCUACUCCAACAACAUCACCUUCAUCGACCCCAGCACCUUCGAGGGCUUCGUGCACCUGGAGGAGCUGGACCUGGGCGACAACCGGCAGCUGCGGACGCUAGCGCCCGAGACCUUCCAGGGCCUGGUGAAGCUGCACGCCCUCUACCUCUACAAGUGCGGGCUCAGCGCGCUGCCGGCCGGCAUCUUCGGGGGCCUGCACAGCCUGCAGUACCUCUACCUGCAGGAGAACCACAUUGAGUACCUGCAGGAGGACAUCUUCGUGGACCUGGUCAACCUCAGCCACUUGUUCCUGCACGGGAACAAGCUGUGGAGCCUGGGCCAGGACACCUUCCGGGGCCUGGUCAACCUGGACCGGCUAUUGCUGCAUGAGAACCGGCUGCAGUGGGUGCACCCCAAGGCUUUCCACGACCUUCACCGCCUCACCACCCUCUUCCUCUUCAACAACAGCCUGGCCGAGCUGCAGGGCGACUGCCUGGCCCCGCUGGGGGCCCUGGAGUUCCUGCGCCUCAACGGCAACGCGUGGGACUGCGGCUGCCGCGCGCGCUCGCUGUGGGACUGGCUGCGGCGCUUCCGCGGCUCCAGCUCCGCCGUGCCCUGCGCGACCCCCGAGCUGCGGCAGGGCCAGGACCUGAAGCUGCUGCAGCCGGAGGACUUCCGGAACUGCACCGGGCCGGCCUCCCCGCACCAGAUCAAGUCGCACACGCUCACCACCACUGACAGGGCGGCCCGCAAGGAGCACCACCCGCCGCGCGGCGCCGCCCGGGACAAGGGCCACCCGCACGGCCCCAGGAAGCAGGGCAAGAACUGCACCAGCCACCGCAACCGCAACCAGAUCUCCAAGGCGGGCGCCGGCAAGCAGGCCCACGAGCUGCAGGAUUACGCCCCCGACUACCAGCACAAAUUCAGCUUUGACAUGAUGCCCACGGCCCGCCCCAAGAGGAAGGGCAAGUGUGCCCGCAGGACCCCCAUCCGCGCCCCCAGCGGGGUGCAGCAGGCCUCCUCGGGCCGCUCCCUGGAGGCCACUCUCCUGGUCUGGAUACUGGGCCUGGCGGUGACUCUUCGCUGACCACACCCCCCCAGGGCGCCAACACCCAGCACUGCCACACGUCCACCAAGGAACAGAAUUUCUUUUCUUUUUUUAACAAGUGGAGGAUCCACUGGGUUUCAGGCAGCAGCUGGUAGAGGCUGUGGCUGCUAUGUGGGCCCUGCCCGGAGGAUUAUAAACCCAAAGUGUACAGUUCCGGAAGGGACAGGAUGUGGGCCUCACACCCAGCCGGCCCAGCCAGACCCUGCUGAGCACCCACGGACAGCAGCGAGCCGGCAAGGAGGCCCAAGGCAGGCAGAGGGAAUCCUUCACGUGCAAUGACAGGACUGUGCCCCCGGGAGCUGGGCUCUGGGGGAUCCUGGUCCUUUGGCGAGGUCUGCAGGGCCCCUGCUGUUCCCGGAGGAUGCAGGACUGGGAGGGGAACGGACCGAGAGGCUGGGCCAAGUAGCUCUCUGGGUGCAAAGGAGCUGGCGCAUUUGGGCUCUCGCUGGAGGCCACUCGGUCACCUGCCCUGAAACCAACCACGUGUCACCUGCAGUCCCUCCCUCAGGGGUGAGGCCUCUCAUUCCUGAUGUCUCAGGCAACCCUGGCCGACCCAGGCCCUGAACGCUGGGCUCCGAGAACCAGUUACCAAAGGAAAGGUCGUCAGAGGCUGAAAUUGAGAGCUUCCCGUGGAAUGAAGUUCUCCCAGAAGGUGCAGUUUUAUAACUAUGUCCACUUAUAUAUACAUAUAUAUACACACACUCACAGAUGCACAGACCCCUCCCCACACCCUUACCAAAUUAUAUGUCUUCUCAUGUUCAUAAACUAUAUGGAAAACUAUAUCUGCGGAGCUAAGGAUUGUACUGGUGAUUUCUAGGGAGAAGAGAGAUAGAGGAGUUGGGUUCAGAAUCCAAACAUGGUCCCCAUGGAACCUGGGCUGGCCAAGGGGGACACUGGGGAAGGGUCAGGGAGGAGGAGAGAAGGAGGCAGUGGGAAUCACUUCAGGGGACCAAUGUUCUUAGAUGUUUAGAUCAUCACUGGUUUUUAUAUGCAACACGAACCCAUCAGCUGCCCCUGGCAUUCCCUGGCCCGGUGAGAUCACAGCUUUUGGUGUCAGGGUGAGGGCAAGAAGCCGCUCGUUGGUGUUUGGCAGCCAGACCAGGUAGAUGGCCUGGCAGGGAGAAGCAGAUGAGACUGCUGGUCUCAGGGGCCGGCGGGCAUGCAGCAGCAUUCACAGUGUUAGUCCCCUCACCUGUGCCGUGGUCCUCAGCCUGGCAUGUCGCCAGCAAUGGUCUGGCCAGGCUAGGGAGACUCUGAAUAUGAGCCCAGGCCUUCAGCACAGCUCUGCUGCUGACUUCCUCCUUAGGAGUCUUGGGGGAGACCCCAGCCAAGGCCCUGAGUUGGGUGGCGAGUGGGAAAGCAACCAGUGGCCUUAGCAGGAGGGAAAGAAUGAGUGCGCAUUAAGAGCCAUCUCAGAUACCUCUGCAUCCCCCAGGGCCCUCCUGAAGAUGCCAGGGGUAAGCAGAGGGCCCGGUGCAGGGGCCAGGCCUGGGAUGGAGGUGUCCAGACAGGGUCAAGAUCAGCGGCCCUGCUGUCUAGGACUCGGGAGGGCUCCAUCUCCUUUGCACUUUGCACGGACCUGAAUGCCCCACCGGAGAGAGGCGUGCAAGGAGCAAGAAAUGCUGAAUCCAAUUAAGAGAGAAACAUAAUAAUAAUAAAAACUCUUGGACAAGAA